AUGAUGUUGGAUAUGGGCUUCCAGAUAAUAUCCUGCCCGAUAGGCGGCGAGCCUACGGCGAUAACGCUGCCCUACGAUGAAGCCGCGUUCGUAGUGACGGAGAUGCCCUAUCUGGAGGUUGACCCAGACGCCUGGGAGCAUGACAUCGAGGAGCGAAUCACCUGCCCCGUCGGGCAUACCUUCUAUGUGUACGCUUAUUGA